AUGUAUAUAUAUCCCCAACUCCAACAAAAUUAUUCAACAACACACAAACACAAAACAAAAACAACACAAACACAUAAAAUAAUAAAAGAUGGACAUAUUUUAUAAUAACAAAAGAUCACCCUCUGAGAACAUGAGCCCGCCCUCGACAGACGAGGAAGGCGGGCUCAUGUUAGCUUCAGAGUACCCAAAAAAACGUGCGGGCCGAAAAAAGUUUAAAGAGACGAGACACCCUGUUUACAGGGGUGUCCGUCAGAGGAACUCUGGUAAAUGGGUAUGUGAAGUUCGAGAACCAAACAAAAAAACCCGAAUUUGGCUCGGGACAUUUCCGACAGCUGAAAUGGCUGCUCGUGCUCAUGAUGUAGCUGCCAUGGCUCUUAGAGGUCGUCAUGGAGCUUGUUUAAACUUUGCUGAUUCCGCUUGGAGAUUACCAGUUCCUGCUUCGAAUGACACGAAGGAUAUUCAGCGUGCUGCGGCGGAGGCUGCAGAAGCAUUCCGGCCUCCACCGCAGCCUACUGAAGCGGAGGAGAUGACUGUUUUUCAGGCCACGGCCGAAUCGAAUCAGAAUGUUGAUAAUGUUUACUACAUGGAUGAAGAUUAUGGAUCACCUGGACUUUUAGCAGAAAUGUAUCAUGGAAUGGGAAUGUUACCUCCACCUCAGUUAACUGGUUGUAGUAGUAGUACUUAUGAUGAUGAAGAAAUGGGGUAUGGAAAUGCUGAUUUAUCAUUAUGGAGUUAUUCAAUGUAAUGAAAAUACUUAUAAUUAUUAGCUAGUUAUAAUUAGAUGGAGUACUUAAGGGUGUACUCAUUUGGUAGUUAUUGUUUACCAAGUUUUUGAUUGGUAAUGGUGAAUUUGGAGUGUAGAUAUUGUUGUGUAAGUAAGUGUGCUAAAAAGGGAUGGACAAUCCAAAUAAGGAAUAAUUGCAUGAAUGAUUGUACUCUACUUGUUUACUAUUAUAUGUCUGUAAAAGGCAAACACGUGUGUUAAAAAGCAGAGUAUGAAGUUGUAUAAAAAUGCUACUUUUGUUGAU